AUGUCAUUUUUUUAUUAUCGUCGUUUCAUCAAAAACUAUGCAACAAUUGCCGAACCUUUAAUAGAACUUACACGCGAUUCGGACUUAAAAUCCUUUCAAUGGACUGAAACCUGUCACCAACCAUUUUCAACAUUACGACAACGUCUAAUCGAAGCCCCAAUAAUUGCUUAUCCUCGAUUCGAUCAACCAUUCAUUUUGCAAUUAGAUGCAUCUGAUGUCGGUUAUGCUAGUCGUACUUUAUCAGCAGCUGAACGUAAAUAUAAUGCAACUGAACGUGAAUGUUUGGCUAUUAUAUACGGUUGUAAUUGUUAUCGUCUAUAUCUUGAAGCCCGAUGGGCGAUUCAACUUGCAGCUUAUGAUAUAGAUAUUCAACAUCGAUCUGGUAGUGAAAAUGAUCCACCUGAUGCUCUUUCUCGUUAUCCUAUUGAUGCUGCUGUUAAUGAUGAUAAUGAUGAUAACGAAUUAUCUUCUUCUAUUAUUUCUUCACUGUCAUGUCAUUUUCUUAAUGAUAAUUCUAUUGAUUUUUUAUCUGCACUACCAUCUAAUCCUGCACGUUUACAUCGGGUGAUUGAUGGUGCUCUUUAUCGUAUAUUUCGUAGUCGCUGUUCAAUUGAAGGUCAACAGCCUAUUACAUCAUUAUCAUCUGAACGUUUACUGCUCUUUAUUCCUGCUUCAGAAAUACCUCGUCUUUUACAAAUUGCUCAUGAUCAUGCUACAGUUGCUCAUCCCGGUCGUCGUAAAACAUUAUCUCAGUUAACUUCACGUGUUUACUGGCCACAUAUGCGUCGUGAUGUUAUUAGUUAUGUAAGAGCAUGUACAUUAUGUCAACAAUACAAGCUGACUAAUCAAAAACCAGGUGGUUUUAUGAAACCUAUAAUUGUUUCACAACCGUGGCAUACAGUCGGUAUUGAUAUUACUGGUCCAUUAUCGAAAACUCGUCGUGCAAAUACUAUAGCUCAAUUAUUCCUCGGUGAAGUUAUUUGUCGAUUUGGCUUUCCUGUUCGUAUCAUAUCUGAUAAUGAAGUUCAAUUUCUAUCUAAAGUAUUUAUUCAAUUAUGCCAUAUACUCGGUAUUCAUCAUCAACGUACACCUCUUUAUCAUCCACAAAGUAAUUUAAGUGAAUGUAUUAAUCGUACUCUGAAACCUAUAUUAGCGUCACUCGCUCAUAAUGAUUCAAAAUCCUGGGAUGUCAAAUUAUAUCAAAUAGCUUUUGCUCUACGAACUGCUCCAAGUGAAUCAACAGAAAAUAGUCCAGCUUUUCUCAUGUUUGGACGUCAUCCACGUCAACCCAUCGAUUUAUUACUUCCACCUCCUGCUAUUUCUGAUAAUUUACCAUCUGAAGAAAAUUUAUCUGAUUAUUGA